AUGGCCGACAACAGUACAUCAGGAUCUAUAGAAAGCAGGAUGCCCUCAGUACUAGAUGGCGCCUCCUCAAACAUGGCUGUAAAUCAAACGCAAUCCAGACGACCAUCGCAAAUCAGCGGUGGUGGAGCUGAAAGGGACGGCCCAUCAGUCAUCAACAAUGCAGCAAAUGCAGAUCCAGCUGCCCGAAUUGGAUCCCUCCUUUCUGUAGGCACCGAUAAACGAAAACCUGGCAUCACAUUCUCAAGUGUCCCAACUACAAUCCCACACUCGAAUGAAGGAGCAAGUGAUGCCGACUCAUCCUCAAAUAAUAAUUCAGGACCUGGCGCUGGAUCUGAUGACCGGUCAUCUGUCGGGGCUGCAAGUACUGCAUCUCCUGGACUACAAAAUAAACUAGGAUCUCGAGCGACGUUGACGGCUUCAAAAACAUCGCUAGCUGCAAAGACUGUGGUCGUGCAUGGAUCCAGGAUGACGCUGGGUGGUGAUCGGCUGCAAGAUAGAGUCGCUGGUGCUGCUCCUGCUGCUUUUGGAUAUGACUUUGAUGAGGGGUAUAGAGAAGGAGAGCGAAGAAUCAUAUCUGAAGAUCCGCAUUUUAAUCCUGCUCCGGUCACGCCAUUGGUCGAGUUAUGUUUGAUGUCGGUCGUUCAGAACUUUGAAGCCAAACCAAGAUUGGAUCGAGUGCCAAUAAAGUACAGGCAACGACUGCUUGAGGCCAUAUCCUUAACACUCCCAUUAUCGCUGGCAGCUCCGCUCAUAUCGGAAGAAUCCUAUUGGGAACGUCGUGCUAAAUCCAUAUUCAAAACCCUGUCUCUACGAUCACACGGGAAUUCAUGGAAGCGUCUGUUUUUCGAACUUGACGUUCGUGAACAGAUUGAGAACUUUGUACCCAAGUCUUCUACAAAAGACGAUGCCGACGAAAAGGCAUUCAAAGAGCUGGUUAAAACUAUAGAAGUGUCAGCUCCGUGGAUUCAUAAUCUAGAGAUUCGGCAGUUGAAACCAAAGCCAUUGGCUGAAGGCAAACGGGAUGAGGGUUUGCCAUUGGAACAUGUGGAUUUGAGUUUUAUACUCCAUGCUAUACCGGAAUUGGAGUGUUUAAGUUUAACAUUUGAUGUACGAGACAUCGGAAUGGGAUUUGCAUGGUCAUCCUUUGGAAUAUCAAACAUUGAUUGUGAACGCCUUGCAUCAUGUUUACGACCACCAAAAGCAAAAUGUCUUACCACCUUAUGCCUAAAGUCAUCUCAAUUGGACGAUACUCAGGCCCGUAUCCUGUCGGUGGCACUAUUAGAGAACACUGCCAUAAAGCAUCUCGAUCUCUCAAACAAUCGUAUAGGAGAUGCAGGUGCACGAGGUCUUGCAAAAGUAUUAGCAACACCAACUACCACCAUAAAGGAACUCGUACUCGGUAACAAUCGAAUAGGACAGGUCGGAGGACAUGCUCUAGGACGCUGUCUGACUCGCAACCGAACUCUCACUAGCUUAAACAUGAGAUUGAAUCGUUUGGGUGAUGUUGGAGGGGCCGAUUUUUUGCACGUUGUUGCUCAUGCCUUCCAAUUCGUAAACCCACAAGCACCCGGCAAACCUAUACUGCAGUCAAUAGACAUAUCUGGAAAUGGAUGUGCAGUGGCUACACUGGCAUCAUUAUGUAAACUGGUGCGAAUGAAUGUCAAGACACUGAAAUCUAUUAAUGUAUCAGCCAACUCGUUAGCCAAGAUUGUCAAGAGUGAGACUGAUGGAUACUCUGUUUUGGGAAUGGGAAAUAUUGCUGGAGCUGGUGUUAAUGGUGCUAGUGAAGAGACGGGACCUGUUCCGGUUGGUAUUAGUGCAACAGCUGCCAAGGAAAAACAGGAACUGGAGGAUUCUGGGAAAUAUAUUGUUGAUGCAGUGGGAAAGAAUCAGUACCUCACCAGGCUGGACUUGAGAGCAACUGAUAUCCCAGCCGCAUCUAUAGUUCUGGUACAGGAACUCGUCUCGGAGAAUGCAGCGAUAGGCUGA